AUGGCCUUGUAUCGACACAAGCCCCAAAGGGCGGGGCGAGUACGUUUUGGCCCACCAGGCCCACCAGAGAUACCGCACAUUGUGGAGAAUUUGCUACCGUUGAGCAAUAUCCUCAAAUUUCAUGCACAAGGGUCAUAUAAGCAGCUCAUACUUGCGCUUGAGAAUCUUGCAAUCAAUGCGCAAGACGAGCUGGAUGUAAAAAGAAAAAAGUAUCUUUUGGAUGUCAUUGUUUCGUUGCGUCAGGAGUUUAUCAAGGUAUAUACCUUGAUAAAAUGGAGCAAUGUCUCUAAAGAUGUAUCUAAACUCAUUGAUCUACUGAAUUGGUUUCGAUUACAGGAAUUUAAUUUCGAGCAAUUGAUGUUCCAAUUGCAAGGACUCAAGGGCUUUAGCGCAGCAAAAUUGCCCGAUUUUGAUAUCAAGACUGCUUUGGAAGUGUUGUAUCUAGGUAGACCGAUCUUGCCCUCGCACAAUUAUCACCAACAAAAGCCCAUAAGUCCUGAAAAAGUAUUGGAAGUUUUGAGGGAUUUGAAUUUGGUAUUGAUGACCAGAUUUGCUUUGAUAGAUGUACCGCAGAGGUUUAAGUACGAUAUUAAGGAUGGUAGGGCUUAUAUGCGUGUAGAGAAGGAAUUUGAGGUGAGUAUCACUAUGGCUAGUGACACUAUAGUUGAAGAAUCGGAAAUAUCAAGGAGCAAUCCAUUUUUUAUGAUUGAUUUCAAGUUUUUAUUUGGUUUGAAUCCGGAAACUAAUUUGAUAACUUAUGGAGAUAAUGGUGGCAUCACAAAACUUCCUAUGAAGUCAUAUAUCAAAUUGGAAAGAAUAGUUAACCAAACAUUGGCCGAUUCGGGUCUACAGGGGUUGUACGAUUUACUACACAAGUAUACUAUAUCGUUUAAAUUGUUUCUUAUUGCCAGACAAUUGAGAGAAUUGAUAUUGACUACAAAAUGGACAAAAAAUUUACAAGUUAAUUAUCAAACGGGGAACACUAAAAUUAUAGUUAAUUAUUGGGCGCUGCAUUAUUUGUCACAGAAUUGGAAAUCGUUUUUGGAAAUAGGGGUAGAUGAGAAGUUCCAAUUGAAUUAUCGAUGGUUCAAGAAUGGCGAAUAUGAAAGCGAAGAGACUGUGAGGCAGAUUAUUGAGAAGGAUGAUAUAAAAGAGGAACAAGAAAAUAAAAGAGAAAGAGAAGAAGAAGAAGAAGAAGAAGAGGAGAAAGAGAAGGAGAAGGAGAAAGAAAAAGACCUAUUCCAAGAAACAACUAAAGAAAUUGAUAUUGAAUCCAUCAUAACUUCGUUUGUUUUGGAACAUUCCGCAAUGAUCAUGAAACUAGUUGCUGACAAAUUGCAAUUGAAAUCUUCACUGGAAAUUACCACUCUUUCACCACAACAGAUUAUGUUUUCAAUUUCUCCUCAAAAACAAACUAUUAUGUUCAUUAACCCAUUGACUGGGCUAUUUUAUUUCGUCAACCCAACACCAAUCCAAACUAGACUAUUGAAAAGGAUCAAUUCUCGCCCGCCACCAGCAUUCAUUACCAAUUAUAACAAUAACAGUAGCAACAACAACAACAAUAAUAAUAAUAAUAAUAAACAAUUUGUAUCAGAACACGAUUUGGCUGAUUGGGUGAUUGAAAAUCUACUACAAUUGAAACUUGAGGUAUUUACAAAAGAAGUCAAUAAUUACUUGACUACGACUGAAUGGAUUUUUAAUAGUAUUAUAAGAUUAAACGAACAUGAAAUUAGCAAACUAUUGAAAUCAGUCAAUGGAACCAUGGGGUAUAAUAGGAUACAAUUUUACAGAAGGAAACAUUGGCCAUCUACGUGGUUUCUUAUAGUGAUGAUCAACGGAGUUAACACCAAAACGUACUGGUGGGUAGCCAGAAUCAAGUCCAUUGAGGCAACAUGGGUGAUUAAUCAUUACCAAGCACUAUUCACUAAUCCUGAGUUGAAUUAUAAAUUCUUCAAGAGUCUAGGUAAAUCCUCCUUUCAAAAAAUUAUUAACCAUGUAAUUCUUGAAGAAUUGCACUCGAAACAGAUUCAAUUUGAAGAAAUUGGUGGCGAGGGAGAACUGGAAUUGAAGGAGUACGGUCUUGAUAUACCUCAAUGUAAACAAGGUGUAUUUGUUAUCCAUAAAUCUUUUAUAAGUAUAGAAAAUCGAAACUUAUUGCCGUUGGAGAAUUCAUCCAGGAAAUUGUUUCUUCAAAUCCAAUUGGUUAAUGAAAAUAAUAUCAAUAAGAUGUACUUGAAGUUAUUUGGUAAAUUAAAAAACCUGGCUAUAAAAAAUUCACCAGAAUUGGAUCAAUUGAAUAUGAAAAUUGACGAACUGAACCAAAAUUUCGAAAUUGAAACCUCAAUUGAUUUGAAUGAAGUGAUUAAUGAAACAAAGAAACAUUUUCUAAACUCGAUUUUUGAUAACUUGAACAGCUUGAAUAAUUUAUUGAAAAUCAUUGAUCAGUUAAAGCAUAAUGAUAUACAAAUCCUCGAUAAUUCAAUGGAUAACAUAACUAUUAAAGUUAACGACGAAAUAGAUAAACUCAUCAUUAAACUACCUAUACAAAUGGACAAGUCUAUAACCCUCUCUACUGUCUCGGUUCAUUCAUGGCAAAUUGAAAUAAUUAUCCAUUUCCUAAACCAGUAUCUUGAACAAAACCAUGAUGCAAGUAUAGUGAAAACAAUCAAAUACUUGUCUGAUAUGGACCCGAUUUUCCAGGCCAUAAAACAAGUUGACUCCCUUUUACAAUCUCCACCCGCAUCACUCAAAUUGACUAAUGGACUAAGUAAAGUAUACUUUGAUUGUGUAUUUAACAAUUUGAAUUUCAUCCAAUUCAUGUUCAACAUAUCCUCGACGAUCCCAAAUACUAAAAAAAUCCAAAAGGAUAAAAUACUAAUCUCGAUUCUGUUCAAACAAAUUUCUUUUUUCAAAAAUGAUGAAAAAUUGAUCAAAGUAUCAAUGAAGAAUAAUUUGAAUGCAAGAAACGUCAAGUUUAAAAAGUUGUUUGAAAUGAUAUUCAAAAGCAUUAGUGAAAUGGAAAGAAACUCAAAAGACGAAUUGAUAAACCUUGAUGGAGAAGGACACUUGUUAGUGAAGUUGAAUUAUGAUUUUCUAAUCAGUUCAAACUUACUUGUAGAGAUGAUGCGGCGGAUCACAAAAUGCUUCAUUCAAUAUUUCAGUGAAAACUAA